AGUUUUCUCGGUAGAAUUGGAAUUUGAUUGUGGUGUUCAUUUUCAUUAUCAAUAGUUAAAACCAUCCAGGUCUAUAUUAUAUUAUGGAAUAUAGUGUAUUUUUGCAUUUUUUUAAAUUUAGCUGUAAUUGAACAAGAUGGAGUUUAACAAUUUUGUAUAAUUGUUAUAUUAUUUUUUAUACUUUGAGAUGUGCUUAGCUUAUCAGUUUUUGUUAGAAGUGAGAAGUUUUAUUUCUUAAUGCAAGUUAAUGUGAACCAGUCAGUUCCAUAACAGAGCUAUUUCAUAACAAAGUGUACAUUAAUAAUUGAAAAUGUCUUUCAACUUUCAUGGGAAUCCUCCUCUUCCAAUUAACUCAGUACCUCCACCUCCACCUCCUUCCAUGGGUCCUCACAUGCAAAUGGCACUCAUGGGGCCUCAGCAAGGUCACCAGCUUGGACCGGCAUUGAUGCAUGGGCAAAUGGUUCCCCCGAUGAUGGGCCCUGCAAUGAUGGGACCGCAGGGAUUCGCAAUGGGCCCCGGACCCAUGAUGCCCUCCGGCGUUGGAGGGCCGGGGCCUAUCAUGAAUCCCAGUCUGAAUGACGCCCCGCUCGAAUUCAAUACUAAUAAGAAUAAACCCCCUAUGCCAUUAACUAGUGAAGAGAUGAACAGAAACGCAGCUAACUUGCAAGAUGACGUUGUCAUAGAAAUAGUAAAUCGAGAUGGAAGACGUGAGUGGGAGAGAGACAGAGAUCUCAGAGAUAGAGAUAAGGACAGAGAUGCCCGUGAAAUUAUCAGGAGGAACAGAGACAGAGGCAGAGAUCGUGAAAGAGAUAGAAGGGAUGAUCGUGACCUGAGAGAGAGCACAACCAGUAGUUGUAGUCCGAAUACAAACGAUAGCGGAGGCGGCGGUAGUCUCCGAGAGAACGGCGCGUCGCCGUCAAUGCAGGGGGCGGCACCUGGUGGCAACAUGGGGGCGUUGCCGCCUCCGCCAUGGGCUGCAGCCAUGAUGGGCGGUAUGCCAGGAUAUUCGGCGGCCAUGCUUGGCAUCAAUCACAUGAUGCCAUCGCCCCAUGGCAUCAUGGAUCCCGCCAUGAUGAUGGGACAGUACGGCAUUAUGGGUGGCGGAAUGCUGGGUGCGGACGGGAUGAUUUUGGCGCCAGACGGAUCCAUCAUUACCCCAGGUGGGGACGCCACACCCACCAAGGAGAUUAUUCACUGCAAGUCAUGUACCCUCUUCCCCCCUAACCCAAAUCUGCCCCCGCCUACCACGCGCGAACGCCCCCCCGGCUGUAAGACCAUCUUUGUCGGCGGUCUGCCCGAAAACGCCACUGAGGAAAUGAUACGAGAGAUUUUUGGUCGAUGUGGAGAAAUGCUCACGGUUCGACUGAGUAAUAAAAAGUUCUGCCACAUCAGAUAUGUCCAUGAGUCAUCGGUUGAUGAAGCUCUCUAUUUCUCAGGGUACAAGAUGCGCAUCGGUUCGCACACAGAUUUGGCGCACAGUGGCCGUUUGCACGUGGACUUUGCGCAGGCGCGCGACGACCAGUACGAGUGGGAGUGCAGACAGCGGCAGGCGCAGCGCGAACAGCGCCAUCGCGAUCGCGUCGAACAGGAGCGCAUGCGCGUGCCAUCGCCUCCACCUGUUGUACACUACACCGACCACGAGGCCAGUCUCGUCGUCGACAAGAUCAAGAAUGACGAAACGUUCACGAAAGCAAUGCAAGUGGUGAUCACUUGGCUAGAGCGUGGAGACUGCAACAAGCGCAACGCAAACACGUUCUACUCUAUGAUACAAACUACCAACUCGCAUGUGCGCAGGCUGCUCACUGAGAAGAGUCAAUUCGAACAGGAGUUACAGAAAGCCAAGGAUCUCAUGAAGGGACGUAUGCAUGGCAUAAUCAUGCAGUGAAAUUAAAACAAUCGAGUUGCAAGAGAAUUUAAAUGCUGGAUUUGAUGAGGAAAUGGAAGUAUCCGAUUCUGAAGAUGAUGGUCCAAGG